AGGGGCGGGCUCAAGCCAGCUUGCCACGGCACCUUAAAACCAAUCGGCCAUGCUACAACCGCAGUGCUCUCGUAGCGAAGUGCUAUGAUACGGGCAACGAUUCUGUAUGUUCUCGGCGUGGCAGCAGCUCAAGAGUGCCCCCGCGGGGCGAAACUGCUGCAGGUGAAGUCGGAACUGGAGCUGCACUCCACGACGAAAAGAUCAAACCAGACGAGGAGCCCCUUCAACAUCACCAUCUCAGAUGCCUCGACGACCACCAGCGCCGCUUCGCAUGGCUGUCAAGCAGGCAGCCAUUCAGUGGACGGUGCGUGCCUGGAGAACCAGUGCCUGUGUGCCAAUGGUGUGGGAGCCGUUGGUUCCAGCUGCCCGCACCAUGGGGCAAUGGCCUGCGAGGUGUGCUUCCAAGGCUUCACACAGGAGGCCGGCGAGUGCCUGCAGAUCCAGUGCGGGGAUGGCCAGCACAUGGUGAAUGGCACCUGCUACGAGAACCUCUGCUCUUGCUCCAACGGCCUGGCAGCAACGGGAGCAGGCUGCGCCAUGGAUGGGGCAAGCGCUUGUACCGACUGCUUCCCUGGCUACGACCUGCACAACCAGAUUUGCAAACAGAGGCAAUGUAGCUGUGAUCAUGGUCUGCCGAGCGUGGGCGAGAACUGCUCCCACCCGGGCUCUCCAAGCUGCACCGUGUGCUUCGAGGGCUUUCACAUGGCGCAGCAGGUGUGCAAGGAGAAGGUCUGUCACUGCCCGCACGGGACCGGUGCCAGGGGCAGCCAGUGUCCCAUGCAGAACGGUACCAGCUGCACCGCGUGCCACGCAGGAUUCCACCUGCUGGGAGACAGCUGUGUUCCGAAUCAGUGCAACUGCAGCGGCGGAAUCCCUGCGAAUGGAACAGGUUGCAGGCAAGACGGGCUGCAGUCCUGUGCUUCUUGUCACUCGGGUUUUUUCCUCAUGGACGGCAUUUGCGAGGCGCGGCAGUGCAGCUGCGCCAACGGGGUGCCGCAGACUGGGAGCAACUGUACUGCCGGUACGGAGAACUGCUCAGUGUGCGCUUUGGCCGCACGCUGGAUGCGCUGCUUUGAGGGCCAUCACCUGAUCGGCACCAGCUGCGUGGAGAAGACCUGCGUCUGCCAAAACGGCACAGCGGCAAGGGGGUCCCGGUGCCCGGAGCAUGGCAGCGCCUUCUGUGUGAACUGCUCCUGGGGCCACUAUUUGUACGGUGACUUGUGCCUGGAGAACCAGUGCGCCUGCUCGAAUGGCCGCGGCGUCAGGGGGUUGGGCUGUCCCCGCCAUGGGGCGGAUGUUUGUGGCUCCUGCCAUCACGGCUUUGAGCUGGCGCACGGCUGGUGCUUCGAGAAGCAGUGCAGCUGUGAGAACGGCAUUGGGACGCUGGGGGUGAACUGCUCUCAGAGUGGGGAGUCCAACUGCUCCAGGUGUUUUGACGGCUACCAGCUGGAGGGCAAGCAAUGUGUGGCCAAGGAAUGCCAAUGCGGCAACGGAACUGCGGCCUUGGGGCCUGACUGCCCAGCAUGGGGGAUGGAGCACUGCGUCAGCUGCAAGCAUGGUUUCGAGCUCAACGGCACCAAAUGCCAAGUGAGCACUUGCCAUUGUGCCAAUGGCAAGCCAGCCACCGGCGCAAGAUGUGUCAACGGAACUUCGUACUGCGCAACUUGUCAUACGGGUUUCCAUCUCUACAACGGCAGCUGCUUCGAGAACCAGUGCACGUGUCCGAAUGGUGAAGCUGCUGCUGGUCUUCAUUGCCCCUCCAAUGGCACCAAGCAUUGCGCGCGGUGCUUCGAUGGCUACCACCUCGUAAAUCGCACCUGCGCCGAGAAGAGGUGCACCUGUGUAAAUGGUACCGCGGCGCGUGGAGAGCUGUGUCCCCUGGACGGCAUUGCUUGGUGCAGCGAUUGUGCCGGCGGCUACCGCCUGCUCAAUGGCACCGGGAUUUGCUCCUUGCUGGUGAACGAGGAGGCCUUAAGCUGAAGGCAUCCGCGGAACGACGCUCGUACCUCUUGCGUGCGG